AGGAGAGGAACAAUAAUAUGCACCUACCCAGCUUAUCAGUGAACGCGUAAAAGUGGCGAUUGUCAGCGAUAAUUUGAGUUUUGAGCGCUAUUUCCUCCAGAAAAUGCAGCAAGUAGACGAUCCCCCUUAUUUGACUGUAGGAACGGAGGUUAGCGCCAAAUACAAGGGGGCAUUCUGCGAGGCCAAGGUACGCAAGGUCGUGCGCAACAUCAAAUGCAAGGUCGCGUACAAACAGCAGGGCCUCGGGUCUGGUGUCGUCUCCGAUGAUCAGAUCAAGGGGGCACUUCGGGUGGGUGCGACGGUCGAGGUCAAGCAUCCGGAGCGCAAGGAGUACGUCGAGGCGACGCUCACCAAAAUCCAGGACUGUUCACAGUACACGGUGGUGUUCGAUGACGGCGACAUAACGACGCUUCGACGUAGCGCGCUGUGCCUGAAGAGUGGUCGGCACUUCAACGAGAGCGAAACACUUGAUCAGCUUCCGCUGACACAUCCGGAGCACUUUGGGAAUCCUGUUAUAGGAGGACGCAGGGGUCGCAGAUCACGGCACCUCUUGCCGGAUGAAAGCUCCGACGAGGAAGACGAACCGACCACACAUUCCCGUUCGAACGCCAGCGAUAAGGAGGAAAACAUCGGCAAAGUGGUCUGCGUGGAAACGAGCGAUAAUAAGAAGAAAAAUCCGAAAGAAAACUGGUUCCCUGGGCUUGUGGUUGCUCCGACCGCUCAGGACACGGUGCGCAUCCGUGUGAAGGACGAGUACUUGGUGCGCUCGUUCAAGGACGGUCGGUACUACACCGUGCCGAAAAAGGAAGCGACCGAGUUUACGCGUGACAGUGUGAACAGGUCCGAAGCAGCCGCCGUUUCGGCAGCAAUCGAGUACAUGGAUAAUGAUGUACUUCCACCGCACUGGGACAGGGAAGCACUGUUCGGCACGUCAGGUAGCUGCAGCGAUUCGGACCAGGAGCUCGAGACGGAUAGUUCCGACGAUGAACCUACCGAGGAAAAAGAUCAUUUUGUGGCGCAGCUGUACAAGUUUAUGGACGAUCGAGGAACACCACUGAACAAAGCGCCAUCGAUCACGAAUCGGGACGUGGACCUGUACCGUUUGUUUCGCGCCGUUCAAAAGCUACAUGGUUACAAUCGAGUUACGACCCAGAACCAGUGGAAGCAGAUCGCGCUACGGUUGGGCUUCUCCCCUGCUACAGCCAGUAUCACCAACCUGGUGAAGCAGGCGUACAAAAAGUUUCUGUUCUCGUUUGAAGAGUUCAACCGCAAACUCGGAUGUACGAUGGUACCGCAUCCGAAGACGAGUCGUUCAAAGGGUCGGAGUCUUGUACGUGCCAGCUCGGUUCAGUCGCCCAAGUUGGCCGAAAAGGAAAAGCUCCUAACGGCAAAAGAGAAGGCAGCAUCGGUCGCUGCAGCAGACGCGUCAGCAAAGGCAAAUAGUUCCACGGCUACAAUCACGGAAGCGUCUAACUCAGCAGUAGAAGAAUCGGGCAAUACGAGCGAAUCGAGCGCUGCGGAAAGUGCCGUAUUGAGACCGAGCAGUACCAAGCGGAAAGUUGGUGGGGGGAAGGUGAAGGCGUUGGUAGAUAAGUUCGAGGAAAAGGAGAAAGAACGGGAGAAGGAGAAAAUAGCUGGAAAGGGUGGCGGUGAAAGCAGCGGAUCGUCGGGUGGUGGCAAAAAGGAAGAUAGUGGACCGGCCUCAGCAGUGAAGAAAGAAAAGCUCGCUGCGAAAGCAAAAUCCGUUGAACCAGUGGUCGAGAAGCGGGGACGUAAGAGGAAGGAUGCCGAUUCGGUAGACUCGAAAAAGGAUGACCGUGAAAACACAACCGGAAGCGGUGUUAGCAGUGCGAGUGGAACAGAGCGAAGCAUUAAGCAGGAGAAACAAUCCACCAUCAGUAGAAAGGAAGAAGGCAGUGGCGGUGGCGGUGGCGCUGGUGGUGGUGGUGGUGGUGGUGGAGGUGGUGGUGGUGGUGGUGGUGGUGGUCCACCGGGAAGUGGAGGUGGGGGUGCUGGAGGAAAUGGGUCUGGACCGGGAACAGCAGGUGGUCAUGGUGGCAGUGGAAGAACCAUUAGCCCGGCAAGUGCAGUUUCAGUUGGAUCUACCGUUCCCGACUUCCCAAUCGAGGUGGGUGAUAAGCUCAAAGUGUACUAUGACGAGCAGAAGGUGACAUAUGAAGCGAAGGUGAUCGAGAUAGCAAAACAGGAAGGAAAUCCCAUCUAUCUGGUACAUUAUACCGGUUGGAACACGAGGUACGAUGAAUGGGUUCGCAAGGAACGUAUUGCGGAGAAUUUAACCAACAGUAAAACCAAGAAGGGAAAAUCUUCCUCUAACACCCCCACGGGGAGUGGAGGAUCGACAAGUAAGGGCCCUGCCGGAUCUACCGUCACAGCGGGAGAUAAAACGCCAAAAGUUGCUAAACGCAACCGUGGUAAUUCUAAAGGUGAACAGAGCAGCGGUCCGGGAGGAAAUUCUACACCUCGUUCGACGACUCCCAACGUUGGGCGGAAUAAAUCACCGGCCACUCCAUCCAACCGGAGACCGCUCACCCGCGGUGGAUCGUCUGCGGCUACGGGAUCAUCCCUUUCGGCUUCGGCCGCCGCGGCUGGUAGACGAACGUCCAACAAUACGGACAUUUCGUCUUCACUGUCUGUGCCGACCGAUCCAGAUAAUACCAGCGACACCGAUUCGGAUGAACCGAUGCUGAAAAAGUGCACCACCAACAGCACCUCGUCGACCACCUCUUCCAACUCGUCGAUUUCCAUCUCAUCAACGAGCACGAAAGUAAGUACAACAGCCGAGGCCGGUUCGUCGUCCGACGCUGCGGCCAUAUCGGACGAGUUUUCCAACGGAGCAUCCAAGGGUGGUGGUGGUGUUGGUGGUGGUCGUGACUAUGAUCUCAAUCAAAUACGUUCCGAAUUGAAGGGCUUCAAGGAACUGAAAUCAUCUGGAUCGCCAGCAUCGGACACAACAACGACUACAACCACGACUGCCGGUGCAGGAGAAGGACCCGCAUCCGCGUCCUCUGCGACGGAUGUGCCGAAACAUCUUAUACCGAAGCAAGAACCAAAUGUGCACACAAGAAGUAGUUCCACCGAGGUGAAGGAAUCACUUUCGAGUUCCAACACACCACUGGCCACGAUCAAGAAGGAGCUGACUGCCUCGGCGGCAGUGAAAGAGGAAGAAUCUACCGUGACCGAGGAGGACGACGAACCGGAAAAGUCAUCUGAAUCGGAAACCCUUAGCGAAGAAGAUUCGUCGCAGUCCUCCAAUAAGGCAUUCUCCAGCUCACCCAUUACAACGAUGGUCGAUUCAGACACGGCCGAAACACCACUGGCAGCGGGAUUAGUUAUGAGUCCCAAGAUUUUGGCCUCGCCUCCACCGAGUGUGGAGUGCGAGGAUUCAUCAUCCACCGAACCUUUAAUAACGGUAGCUAACAAAGCAGCAGAUGCAAAGGCAUCCCUUGAAAAGGGUACAGCGGCAAGCAUUAAGAAAGACGUGAUCGAUGGAGGGUCAGGUGUUGAGAAGACAGCCACAGCACCAGCAUCGACAGGAAAACCUCCGAUUAAAACAUACGGUACGGCAGCAACUAUCAUUGCCAACUCGGAAAAGAUGGCUUUCUGUACGGUACGUGAUGCGAGCACAGAAAACGAGUUGAAACCGCAACUUGCUGUACCAGCAUCGAAAGAUUCUGUGCUGGAAUUGCCUUCGAAAAAUAAUCCCCCGAUUGCGGCUCAGGCAGCAGUAGUAUCUCCUUCGCUUUCGGCACGCUCGAAAACAGGAGUAACGGAGGAUAAAUCCACUAUUGUUGCUUCUAGCAUGACGUCGCCAUCUGCAACUAGUGGCCGCACAAAUACCAGUUCUUUAACGACACCUGUAAAAGCUAGCUUUGGGUCGUCUCCAUCGGCUACAGCUGGAAAUUCUAAAGAAGACUCCCCUGCGCCAUCACUGGGAGUAAUCAUCGCUGCCGGAUCUAAUGCUCGAGCAAUAAAAUCCCCGAAAUCUUCGCCUUCCGCAAUACAGUCGAUAACAUCAUCUGGCACAGCCUCGCCGGAUGAUGGUAAGGGAAAUCCAUCGACGAUCUCUCCCGUCGGUCCAGCGAACAAUCUGUCCCAAACGACCAGCUCCUCUCCACAUGGAGGUGGUUUCAAUUCGCUACGUGCGGAAAAAAAGCAAUCGACUGUACAACAUUUGGGACCGGGAACGGGAGCGAGCGUAAUGGAAAGGAAGUUUACCCUUGGACGAGAAGGAACCUCCGCAUUUUCAUCGCCGGCAAGCUCUUUAUCAGCUCAAUCCGCUCUUUCCGCAGCAACUCCGGCAACUUCUUUAAAACAUGGCAAUUCCGGUUUGCUAGGGGAGAAAAAACACUUCUCCUCGUCGACGCUAACACCGGCACAAAAUAAGCUUCUCAGCAAGGAAGCCCUGUCCAUAAAGUCACUGUUUGAAUCGACCGCUAACCGGAUGGAAGAAAAGAUUUCGGACGUGUACGAAUUUGAGGAUGAGUAUGACGACCCGGCAGAUACAGGGGCUGGACCAUUGGGAGCAAUGGGCGCUGCUAGUGGUACAACCGGAAGCGGAACAGGUCCUCGUAAGCUCGUAUCCGAUGUUCCACCUGCCGAGGUAGUUAGCUCACUUUCGCUCACCUCCUCCACAGGAUCAUCCUCUUUGGGAGGUCAGUUUGGGGAUGAGAAAAGGAAAAAGCCAUUACAACGGAAGUCAACGGCCGUUCCAGUGGAUCCUUUGGACACUUCCAAUUUCGGAACGGGCAACUAUAGUGGGGCUUUGAAGCGCGCGAAAAAGCCCUCGCCGGUUAAAGCUGAACCGAUGGUAGUGGAAAAUAAAUCUCCAAAAGGAUCGGGUAUUUUACGCCGUGAGCCUAAAGAGAAAGAAGAGAAGGAACAAAAGCAGCAGACGGAGACUGAAUCGGGAACAGUGGCUACGGAGACACUUCGCUCGACAGUUUCUUCUGCGGAUGCCCCAAAAGAAAAGUCUAUCCCUAAGACGACAUCAGCUGUAGUUACUACCUCUUCUCAAGUAGCAUUAACGACCGCUUUUGUACAAACACCUGAAAAGAGUGACUCAACGUUUGAUGUGCUACGGAAAUCUCCGAGCUUCAAUUUGGUUACUCCUGGUCCCCUGGGCAGUAAGGAAGAAAUGUUUAAAUCACAGGAAGAUAUCGAAACAAAACCUACUCCUCCACCAUUGCCAGCAACGACAACACCUGGAAUAUUCACGCCUGUUAUUUCAGCUUCCUCGAUUGGCAGUGGUGGUGUAAGCGAACGAUCAAUCUCUUCGGUGCUUUAUCCACACGGUAAAGGCCCAUCUACUUCCGUGCUGCUAGCAAAGGCAGGUGACGAGUGCCAGAAAGAGGAACCAACGUUGGAGAAUUGCAAAAAAUAUUUUAACGAUAUGAACUUUGAAUUUGACGCUCCGACUGUGAAAAAACCACCGUCGAUUGCGGACAAGGUGCUGAAGGCUUUAAGUGAACAGCAGCAGCAGCAGCAACAGCAACAACUGCAAACGAUAAAAACAGAAAAACCGGACUUCCCAAAGUACAUGCCAAGUUCGAUGCAUCACCACUCGCUACCUAACACGCCGAAAUCGAUUAUAAACAGUGGUUUGUUAUCCUCACCGGCAAUGGAAAGUGGUACACCAAUGUCAUUCGGUUCCACAGUGCAUCCAACGAUAAAAUCGGAAUCCAUUAGCAGCGGUGGUAAUACUGUCGCAACCGUGGUUUCGUCCUACGCAUCACCCAUGAUGGCUGUAAAUCAUCUACCAAAACCGGGAUCAUUGGGUGGAAAUGAAACACCACAGUCAGGAAAGGCGCACGAAGGCAUGAAGAUGGAACCGGAAGAUUCUCACAACUCCGCGACAAAGCCAUCUCCGAUCAGUAGUGAAUCGAAAGCUGCGACCAAUCAAUCGCAGGGGUUAUCAUCUUCCAACACUGGUGGGGCUCAGAAGAUUCAGGCCUUUGAGCAAAUUCCCACGUCCCGAAGUAACGAUCUAACAGAAUCGCUACGAAAGCUGGAUCCCGAUCCACGGUUUAUUCACGACGACGAAUCUACGGACAGUAACGAUUCGGAACAUCGUCUGAUCAUUGAGGAUGCGGAAUCGCAAGGCAGUGGUGAACCUGUCACAGGUAAUGCGAUGGUACAUUCGCAAACGGUUUUAACGAGCUCCUCUGCAGUGCCCAGUAGUACGGCUGCAGUGAUCGUCCAUUAUGAGAGCAAACCGGUCGCUUCAGUGAUCUCGGCCAAGAAAGAGCUGUUUGAAGAAAAACCACGAUCUGCUACAUCUUCCAUUACGCUCGAGAUGGCUUCAGCUGCGUCGGCCGCAGCUGUUGCAGCGGUAGCAGGCAAAGAAAAACUCAUCCUAAAGCAGGACCAGACUGGACCAACGGACAAUACGCUAGCUUCGUCGCAUGUGAAAGAAGAUACUACGAAAUCAUUCUCCGGCGCAUCACCAGCAUCGUCGGAAAAGAAACCAAUAGGUGGCGCAAAGCAAAGUCUUCUCGAGGCAAUCAUACAGAUGAACACGGCCAGCCGCGGUAUGAGUUCUGAAGAGUAUUUGAUGCACAAGGUCCAUGAACAACAGCCACCGCUACAACAACGCGUCAGCGUUGAUGGUGAAGGUCGUAAAGACGUGUCCUUCCCAGCGCAGAAACAAUAUGACACUAGUGUUGUUACUGCGACAGCAUCCGUCAUAACUUCGACGGGGUCGAACGAAUCGUUAGGAUCUUCCACGGUAUCGCUCAACGCAGAGGAUUCGCCUUCACAAUCCCUGCACUAUCUUCAAUCACAGGCACCACAAGCUCAGGCGCCGAACAAUGAAUCCCUGUCGUUACUGCUCUGCGAGGAAACGAUUCCAGGGUCUCCAGCACCGAAAGAUCAGGAUCGACUGCAGCCAUCCACAGUCGGACGUAAGGUGUAUGCUGAGACACCGCUGGCGCCGCCUUCAUCAUCGUCAUCUUCUUCUUUCCUACCACCACAAAACAUUCAAACCGCGACCGAUCUGAAACCCGUACCGAUGGAUCUAGAACCGCCGGUGGUAACGAUAACGAUCGGUGGUAAUACGACGAUCAGUAGUACCAGUCAAAGUGGACAGACCGGUGGAGUGGGAUCGUACGCUUCUAAUCUUCAACAGCAGCAGCAGUCAUUAAGAAGCAAAGUAACUUCCGGUGGAGGAGAAUCCACCGCCGAUACUCCGAAUAGCUCUCCAAGGGAUUCGGUUAGUCAGGACGAAACACAUGAUCAAGAAUCGUUAUCGCCGAUGAAAAAGCGUCGUCAACGUAAGCCGAGCGAAGAGCCAACGCUCAAACGUCGCCGCACGGGUAAUACCAGCCUGGGUGGCUAUGGCUUUGGAAAUAAUGGUUCUAAUACUAGCUAUGGCCGUAAUCAACGAGGUCUUAAUACAAGCAAUGCAACAGACAGUGAGGACAACUCAGAUAAUUUAGCGGCAUUCCACCGAUCGUCCUCGUUAAUCUUUGUUGGAAGUAAAACCGGCCGUCCCUGUCAGUACAAUUUCCUGGUCAAUUUAGAUCCAUCCCUAAACAGUAACCACCGGAUAGGGAUUAUAAGGAAAAAGAUACAAGAGUUGCGCAAAACGUACAACGCGAUCAAGGCCGAGUUGGCGAGUAUCGAUCGGAGACGCAAGAAGCUACGCCGCCGAGAGCGAGAAAACAAGAAGCAAGCCAAACUGAACAGUGCCAGCGCCGGCAACAACUAAUAAGCAGACGGUGCUGAUAGUUUCUUUCGUUUUUGUUUUCUUUUUUUAUUUGUUUUAAUUUCUCCCUUCGUUUGCAUUAACCCGUUUGUUCCGACUUUCACAGC